AAAUAAAUCCCAACCUGGGAUGUAGUAGGCUAUAGUCUGACGAAGCCGCCAUUUCAAAGCGCAAAAGAGCCACAAAAGCUGUAGGAAACUUUGUAAUUUUUUUAUUUUUCUAAUAUAUAUAUAUUUGUUUUUAAUAGCUAGGAGGAACAUUUAUUACUUUUUGAAUCUACCUCGCUUGCAUCACCAAAUGAAAUGGAUGCUGACACAGAAGAAAAUGUGACGGAAACUUCAAAAAUCUCUAAGGAUGAAUCUCGGAAAACCUUAAUGGACAACAAAUUUAGGGGUCAUGGGUUUAAAAGCCGGGGUCGAGGGGGUCGGAUGAGUCGAGGCGCCAUGUUUGGUGGGCGGGGCAUGAUGAAAGGGUUUGGUCCACCUGGAUAUUGGAGGGGCCAAGGGAAAGAUGGAGCCAUGAAUGGAUUUUCACCCAUGAGAGGAAUGAGGAGGAUGCGACCUUUCCCAGGCCUAAGAGGUCAUCGAGGUAGGGGUGGACCAAUGGGCAUGGGCCCUCCUCUUCACCUCAGGGGCCACUACCCACCCAUGCACAGGUACGAACACCCUCCUCCACGUCCUCCACGUCCUAUUGGUUUCAGAGGGUAUUCACGACUCCCUCGAGGGUAUUCACGACUCCCUCGAGGGUAUUCACCACACCCUCGAGGCCGUGGCAUGCUGCCCCCUGGACUUCACGACUUCUACCCCUGCGGCCCAAGAGGCUACCAAAAUGGACCCUUCUCUCCUCCACCUCACCCCCCACCUGGCAGAGGCCAGAGGUGGCCAGGGCCCCCUGGUGGCCGACGCUUUUAACACAGCCUGCCCUAAAAACAAUAACCAAACGCUUGUUAAUGUAGAAGGGGCCUAAAGUGGUGCAGUAAAGGCUCCCUAAUUAUGUGUUACACAAAGUCUCUGAGUAUCUUCAUGACUAUACUCUGUGGCCAAAUGUCUGGUCUUUGAUAUUGUCUACUGACAAAUAAAUAAUGUGAAAAUGACUAAUGGCAAUGUAAAAAUGCCUCACGACUUUAACAAUGUAAAGGCAUUCUGGUAUCUAUGUUACAGAAAUACUGUUGGUACUGUAGGAACUAUUUGACAUUGUUGAUAAAAGUUUGAAACAGCUGUUCUCAAAGGGGGAAAAGAGGAAAAUUCUUGUCAAAGUUCAUUAAAUGUUAUGUGGUUCUUGCCUUAAGAAACUUUCCUGCUCCGUAAAUAAAGAAAAAAGAAAUGGGUGACUGUAUAUUUGAAAGUGGGGCAAGAUGGGUAAAAAUGAAUUAAAGAGUGCACAACAGCCCUUGAGCACCACUGUAAACUAGCUUAGUACACCGUGGACCUCUCUGACCUUUCCUUUUGUUACAUGGAAAUAGAUAUGUAUCAUAACCUCACCAAGCAGUGCGCUAAAUAUUGUUUUAACACUUGCAUCUUUUUCAAGUGAAAAGCUUGUCAAGUAUACGUGAGCAUUUCAUUUUAUAUUUGAUAUCGUUAAUGUGCAGUAUUGCUGUUUGGAACAUUAAUGUUUGUCUUCAGCAAGCUAUCUUGUAAUGACAAAAUUGGAAUGGCAUUAUAAAUGAAUAGUAUAUUGAAAUAUAUAUAUCUAGUAGAUUUUAUAAAGCAAAUUCAUUUUAGUAUUUGCUUCAGUUAAGGACAGUAAUUAAUCUUGACUGUGUUUUUUGAUGUGUUUAUAAAUACAUUAUUUACUGUAAGUAACCUAACGUUUGUGAACCUGUGAAUGUGUCAAGACAUAUGACGUAGUCGUGGAGAAAACAAAUAAAAAUAAAAAUAAACUCAACUUCUCUUUUUUUUUUGUUUAUUCACAAACAAGUCUGAGAGUUGUCAUAAUAAUAUAUCUGUAAUAUAUGCAAGUGAUUGAAUUGCAAUGUCAAAACUAGAACUGUACACAGUAACAGUGUUUCAUACUUGAAAGUGAGCAU